UAACUCUGGAGCCACACACUCGGUUAUCAUCAUCUUCUUCUUCUUCUUCUUCUUCUUCUUACACAGAGCAGGAAGAAUGUUAAAGCCACAGGUUCAUUACCAAUCAAACUCUACAAUAACUAAUAGGAGGGCUCACUUCUUAUUACCUAAAUCAUUUAUCAAUGGAAAAGAACUUGCUUCUCUUCUCGUCGUCAAGUCAUCAAGAUCCCCAUUCAAUAAAGCACGCAGGUACAUCAGAGCUGCCUCUGAACCUACCACCAUUAAGGCUGUAGAAGAUGUUCCACAGCAGUCCAUUAAAGUGAAAGCUCUGGUUACUGUAAUUCAAACUAUUGGUGGAUUACUCACAAGCCUAGGAAUAGAGCGAGGACUUGAUGAUAUACAAGACUUGCUUGGGAAAACACUCCUCUUAGAGCUUGUUAGUACUGAACUUGAUCCAAAGACGGAACUAGAGAAGCCUACGAUUGAAGGGUUUGCACACCGAGUAAGGCAGGAGAGUGGAGAUGUGAAAUAUGAAGCGGAAUUUGAGGUCCCAAACGAUUUCGGAGAUGUUGGUGCUGUUUUGGUGGAGAAUGAACACCAUUGUGAGAUGUUCCUCCAAGAUAUAGUGCUUGAUGGCUUCCCCCACGGCCCUGUUAAUGUGACUUGUCGCUCAUGGGUUCACUCCAAGUAUGAAAACAAGCAGAAACGAGCCUUCUUCACCAACAAGUGUUACUUGCCAUCACAAACACCAAUUGGGUUAAGGAGGCUAAGAGAGGAAGAGCUUGCGCUUUUGCGAGGAAAUGGCCAAGGAGAACGCAAGAGGGGCGAAAGGAUAUACGACUACGAUGUUUACAAUGAUAUUGGGGACCCUGACGCUAACCUAGACCUUGCAAGACCAGUAUUAGGUGGCAAAGAACGUCCUUAUCCUAGACGAUGUCGAACUGGACGCCCACGAUGCCAAUCAGAUCCAUCGUUAGAGAAAAAAAAAAAGGAUUUCUAUGUCCCUAGAGAUGAAGGAUUCUCAGAAAUAAAGCACCUGACAUUCUCAGCAAAGACCUUGUACUCAUUAUUUAAUGCACUGGUACCAUCACUAGGAAAUGUUAUAGGUGAUGCUGAACUUGGAUUUCCAUACUUCAGAGCUAUAGAUUCACUGUUCAAUGAAGGAAUUCAGAUGCCUCCACUUUCAAGACAGGGGUUCUGGAAAACAAUUAUGCCCAGACUUUUCAAGGUUAUCACUGAUGGAAAAGAUGUGUUGCGCUUUGAGACUCCACAAACUUCAGAAAGGGACAGAUUCUUUUGGCUAAGAGAUGAAGAAUUUGCUCGCCAAACUCUUGCGGGUCUCAACCCAUACAGCAUAAAAUUGAUCACAGAAUGGCCAUUGAAGAGUAAACUUGAUCCUGUGAUAUAUGGACCUCCAGAAUCAGCGAUUACAACAGAAAUAAUUGAAGCAGAAAUUGGAGGGAUCAUUAAAGUUAGCGAGGCCAUAAAACAAAAGAAGCUCUUCAUCCUAGAUUAUCAUGAUAUCUUGUUACCAUUUGUGAGAAAAGUAAGGGGACUUAAAGGCACAACAUUAUAUGGCUCGCGGACAAUAUUCUUCCUAACCCCCAGUGGCACAUUAAGGCCGCUAGCCAUUGAGCUUACUCGCCCACCGAUGGAUGGGAAACCUCAGUGGAAGCAAGUGUACACUCACAACUGGGAUUCCACAGGUUGCUGGCUCUGGAGGCUAGCAAAGGCACAUGUCCUUGCUCAUGAUUCUGGUUAUCACCAACUCGUUAGUCAUUGGCUAAGAACACAUUGUGCGACAGAACCUUAUAUAGUUGCGACCAAUCGGCAACUCAGUGUGAUGCACCCAAUUUAUAGACUGUUACACCCUCAUUUCCGGUAUACAAUGGAGAUUAAUGCUUUGGCUAGAGAAUCGUUGGUCAAUGCAGGUGGCAUUAUUGAGUCCUCAUUUUCUCCAGGGAAGUAUUCUAUGGAGUUGAGCUCUGCUGCCUAUGAUGAAAUGUGGAGGUUUGACCAUGAGGCACUACCUAAAGACCUAAUUAACAGGGGCAUGGCUGUUGAAGAUAAGACUGCUCCACAUGGCCUAAAACUGACAAUUGAAGACUACCCUUUUGCCAAUGAUGGUCUAAUUUUAUGGGACAUUAUCAAAAAUUGGGUUACUGACUAUGUAAAUCACUACUAUCCAGAUCCAAGCCUAGUAGUGUCUGAUCAAGAGCUCCAAGCAUGGUGGACAGAAAUUCAAACGGUAGGACAUCGUGACAAAAAGGACAAACCAGGGUGGCCUGAGCUCAAAACACCUGAGGACCUAAUUGAAAUCGCCACCAUUAUAGCAUGGGUAUGCUCAGGUCACCAUGCUGCAGUAAACUUUGGACAGUAUGCAUUUGCAGGUUAUUUUCCUAAUAGGCCUACAAUUGCUAGAAGAAAAAUGCCAAGUGAAGACCCUACAGAAGAGGAGUGGAAUAGUUUCUUGGAAAAACCUGAGGCAGUACUAUUAGCUACUUUCCCUUCAAAGCUUCAGGCAACACGAGUGAUGGCUGUUCUGAGCGUGUUAUCAAAUCAUUCUCCUGAUGAGGAGUAUAUUGGGGAGGAAAUGGAGCCAUCAUGGGCUGAUGAUCCAAUUAUAGAGGCAGCUUUUGAAAAGUUCAGUGGGAGGUUGAAAGAAUUAGAGGGAAUUGUUGAUGAAAGAAAUAGUAACAAGAACUUGAAGAAUAGAAAUGGAGCCGGAAUUGUCCCAUAUCAACUUUUGAAACCAUUUUCCAAACCUGGGGUAACAGGACAGGGAGUUCCAUACAGUAUAUCCAUUUGAAAUCAACAAAAACUACUUAUUACUACUAAGAUCUUUCUGUUAAAUGAGACAUUUUGGGCAAGUUAUAAAUAUAACGAUCAGAAAAUUAAUUUGAAUA